CGAAUUAAUUCGCUUUGUACAACAUUCAAAACCCUUCUUUCUGAGUACAACUAUCCUUCAUUAAACUUCUUUUAUAUGAUUUUGACCAACUUGAUCAUUUCAGAAUGAUUCCAAGACUCCCAAAAAUACUGACCCAAUUCCCUGGAUAUAAUUGCGUAUAAGAAGGAACUUUAUUUUUGGAUUCUAAUUUAAGGUUAUUAAAACAUUUUUUGAAUCGAUUUUGUUGAGGCGAUGAAAUGUAAACGUGCAAAAUGAACUUACAUCGACUUGUUAAGUUGCUAACAGAAUUAGUACGGCAAUCGUGAGACGACGACGCGAUUUUUUAUUAUUUUAGUGAUAAAAGUGAGCUUAAAAAACGAAAUGUUUAAAUUUGUGCUGAGGGAUCUAAAAGUCCUCAAAAUGGGGUCACUCGGUCGUUUCUUUACCAGUCGGCCUUGCAAGAAUUAAUUCAAAAAGAAAUAAUGAAGAAAAAGGAUCCUAAUCGCCUUAAAUUUCGCCACAACUCAUCAACAAUUAAAUUCAAACUUAAAAUGUUCCCUUAUUACCACAACAAAUUUGAAAUGUCAAACCACAACAAUCGAAGAAAUUAAUUUAAUCUCGCCAUCUUUAAGAAAUCAAAUAGAAAACUUAGAAUUCGACUUUUAUAACUCAACUUAUUUAAACUUCACUUUGAUGCAAGAAUCAUUUCCUUAUCUAAAUAAUCUAACGAUUUCACGAGGGUUAUUAUCAAAAAUUGACGGGUUUGGAUCUGAAACAACAAAAUUAGAGGUUCUAAGAUUGAACAAGUUACCAAUUAGAAACUUAAAAGAGAGCUUCUUGGGAAGUUUAAAACAACUCAAAGUGUUAGAUUUGAGAAACAACUCGUUUCAUUGUCUCCACGAAGAGAAAUUGUUGAAACUGUUUCGUUUAGAAAGCAUUUAUUUAUCUGCAAAUCCAUGGAAUUGCAGCAACAAUCUCGCUUGGAUUUACAACGCGAAAGAUUUAAACAAUUUAAAGGAUAUUAACUCCACGUUAUGUCAUAAAGAACCUUUUGAUAACAAAAAAUUAUUAUACGUGGCCACUCUUAAACACAACACAUCACAAUCCUGUCCCAACAACUGCUCGUGCUUUUUAACAACGGUCACAUUUAACGCAGAAACAAAUAAAUUACAUCCCGUUGUACAAGUUAAUUGUACCAAAAAGAACUUUAUUUCGCUCCCGGAAACACUCCCGAAGCACACCACAAAGCUCGUUUUAAAUAACAACUCAAUCGAGGAUUUAUCGCCUUUAAUACGGAACUCUUAUUAUAACGAUGUCACCGAUUUAUUUUUGGAUUAUAAUCAAAUACGAAGUAUUGAGGUUUUGGAAGGGACCGAUUGGUUGAGGCAUUUUCGGAUUUUAUCGCUUAAAGGGAAUUUUUUAACGGACGUACCAACUUACGCGAUGACGAACGCUUUAAAUCAAAACCCGAAUGUUCCCAACGCUGUUAUGUUGUAUUUAAGCGAAAACCCCUGGAAAUGCACCUGCUCGUUCACCCCGAAUUUCCAAAAACACAUUUUGGUGGAAUACGGGCUACUUAUACAAGACUUAAACCAAAUUAAGUGUGCUCAAGUUAAGGGAGAUCCCAACUCGUUACAAAGCAUCAUACAACUUUCAAUUCAAAAAAUGUGUCACACACCCCCGGCGUACACCGAAAAGGCUUUAAACUUACUCAACGGGGUUUUAGGAUUAAUGAUUUUAUUGGUUUUAGGAAAUUUGUGUUAUGAUUAUUAUAGUUUUAAAAAAACUGGAAAAUUGCCGUGGAUAGCGACUAAACUUCCAUAAAAUGUAUUCAAUUUUAAGUAUUGUUAAAUUUGACACAUAAAUUGUAGUUGACUGAAUAAUACCAACGUAAAAUAAAAUUAUUAAAAAUC